AUGCCUCCGUCCAACACAGACAUGGCCAACCUUGGCACCAUUAAGAGAGCCAUCGAGGCUACUAUGCGGGACUUCUUCCUGUCAUACGAAGACAGCUCGGCCGCCAAUAGCACCAGCCCAUUGAGUCGCACUUUGACACCGGACUGCUCUCGCACUAUGCUGCCAGAGUCCUUUUUCAAAGCCCGUGGCCCUGGCAAUGCCCUCAACAACGCAGAGUACGAACAAGUACUGGUCGGUGACAUCACCGUCGCUCGAAUGAAGAGACACGCCAUGUCCAACGUGGUCAUUGAUUCCGAGAGCCGAAAGUCGGCGGCCACGAGCGUCUUGGAUCUAGAAUUCAAGGAUGGUGACGCGACGUCUAUGGAAUUAACAUGGUUUUUUGACUUUAAUGAGGAUGGAUCAGCUAUCAAGAGGGUCGUUGAGUUUGUGGAUCCGUUUGCGCUUCUCAAGCUGAUGGAAAAGCGCAAAGCGGCUGGCAUUUGA